GCAGAGGGCCUAGGUUCAGUCCCCAGCACCCACACGUCACUUUACAAAUAUCUGUAACUCCCAAUUCCAGGGAGAUCCAAUACUGUCCUGUGGCCUAUGUGGGCAGCAUAUACAUACAUUGUGUACAGACAUACAUGUGGGCAAAGUGCAUAUUCACAUAAGAUAAAAAUUAAAAAAAGAGGAAAACCUUUCAAAAAUACUUCAACAAUAAGUACUAGGAGAUAUUUUUAAAGGCCCACCAUAAAGUCCGCUGUGUCUGUAGUCACACUGCUCAAAUUUAACUUUUGCUGGCUCCCGGUCUUUUAAUUCUCUUUAUAUAUCUUCCUUGGUACAGACCUCGGGAAAGCUCUAUGACCACUCCAUGCCUCAGUUUUCUCAUCUGAGAAAUAGAUAUGAUAAUGGUCCCAAGCUAGUGAUAGUUAAAUGGGAUAAUACAUAUUUGAUAUAUAAGAAUACACUUUAUUAUAUACUCUGUUCAACAGUACACGCUAGUGUUCAUACCACUUGGGAGGGGGCGUGAUCUGGAUUGCUGUUCCUUCCUUUCUUGCUAACAGAACUCAGACUCCUGCAGACAUCUAGUUGUAAUGUGUCUAGCCCCAGGGAAUGAACAAGGUUUCUUUGCUAAUUGUGACCAUCCUAUUCUCAUUUAUUUCCAAUUGCUUUGAAAUGAGCAUGAGAUUCUGUUCUGGUCCAUGAAACUUAAUGGAAAGUCAGCUGAGGUCUUCUGGGAAAGAUAUUUAUCCUGUAUACCAAGAGAGAAGUAGAGGGAGUUAGGUCGCCCUUGUAUCUCUGUACUCAGCUCGUCUACAUCGGACCUUUUUGCGUGAUGGUGUGUUCUUCUAACAGCCAUCUUUGAGUCACAAGGGGAUGGUUGUCACCAACCAUGACUAUAAAGCCGGAAGGUGGGUGAGCCUGGACCUCCGAUGGACAUCACAGAGCCUGGGUUGUCUGGCCUCUCAAGAGAGAACUGUCCAAGUUGCUUAGCCACCACUGGUCCAGGCAAUCUUCAGUGGCGACCCAGAGGAGAUUCGCAUGCUCAUCCAUAAGACUGAAGACGUGAACGCACUGGAUUCCGAGAAACGAACCCCGCUUCAUGUGGCUGCAUUCCUGGGAGAUGCAGAGAUCAUUGAACUCCUGAUUUUGUCAGGAGCUCGUGUAAAUGCCAAGGACAACAUGUGGCUGACCCCACUGCACCGGGCUGUUGCUUCCAGAAGUGAAGAGGCAGUGCAAGUAUUGAUUAAACACUCCGCUGAUGUCAAUGCAAGGGACAAGAACUGGCAGACCCCCCUCCAUGUGGCAGCAGCCAAUAAAGCCGUCAAGUGUGCAGAAGUGAUCAUUCCGCUACUGAGCAGUGUCAACGUCUCUGACAGAGGCGGGCGCACAGCCUUGCAUCACGCUGCUCUGAAUGGACACAUGGAGAUGGUCAAUUUACUCUUGGCCAAAGGGGCAAACAUCAACGCAUUUGACAAGAAGGACCGACGAGCUCUCCACUGGGCAGCAUACAUGGGCCACCUGGACGUUGUGGCGCUGCUCAUUAACCAUGGUGCAGAAGUUACCUGCAAGGAUAAGAAGGGCUACACCCCGCUGCACGCUGCAGCCUCCAAUGGGCAGAUCAGUGUUGUCAAACAUCUCCUGAACCUGGGGGUGGAGAUUGAUGAAAUCAAUGUCUAUGGAAACACAGCACUUCACAUUGCCUGCUACAAUGGCCAGGAUGCUGUCGUUAAUGAGCUGAUCGACUAUGGUGCUAACGUGAAUCAGCCCAACAACAGUGGCUUCACCCCUCUGCACUUUGCAGCGGCGUCCACUCACGGUGCUCUGUGUCUGGAGUUGUUAGUGAACAAUGGGGCCGAUGUGAACAUUCAGAGUAAGGAUGGCAAAAGUCCUCUGCACAUGACAGCAGUCCAUGGACGGUUCACGCGGUCACAAACCCUCAUCCAGAAUGGAGGUGAGAUCGACUGUGUGGACAAGGAUGGCAACACACCUCUCCAUGUGGCUGCGAGACAUGGUCACGAGCUCCUGAUUAACACCCUAAUCACUAGCGGAGCCGACACAGCCAAGUGUGGAAUCCAUAGCAUGUUCCCCCUACAUUUAGCUGCCCUAAAUGCUCACUCUGACUGCUGCAGGAAGUUGUUAUCAUCUGGCUUUGAAAUAGACACCCCAGAUACGUUUGGAAGAACGUGCCUCCACGCCGCUGCUGCAGGAGGCAAUGUAGAAUGCAUAAAGCUCUUGCAGAGCAGCGGAGCAGAUUUUCACAAAAAGGACAAAUGUGGGAGAACCCCAUUGCACUAUGCAGCUGCAAAUUGUCAUUUCCACUGUAUUAAAGCAUUAGUGACCACCGGAGCCAACGUUAAUGAAACAGACGACUGGGGACGGACAGCUCUGCACUACGCUGCUGCGUCAGACAUGGAUAGAAAUAAGAUGAUCUUAGGAAAUGCCCAUGACAAUUCUGAAGAACUUGAAAGAGCCAGAGAAAUGAAGGAAAAAGAUGCUGCACUAUGUCUAGAAUUUCUGCUUCAAAAUGAUGCAAACCCAUCCAUCCGGGACAAGGAAGGCUACAAUAGCAUCCACUAUGCUGCUGCCUAUGGCCACAGACAGUGUCUAGAACUGCUUUUGGAAAGAACCAACACUGGUUUUGAAGAAUCAGAUGGCGGUGCUCUCAAGAGUCCACUCCACUUAGCAGCCUACAAUGGGCACCACCAAGCCUUGGAGGUCCUUCUCCAGUCCCUAGUGGACCUGGACAUCAGGGAUGAGAAAGGCCGGACAGCUCUGUACCUAGCUGCUUUCAAGGGACACACAGAAUGUGUGGAGGCACUUGUUAACCAGGGCGCAUCCAUCUUUGUAAAAGACAAUGUCACCAAAAGAACUCCACUUCAUGCCUCAGUUAUUAAUGGUCACACACUGUGUUUGAGGCUACUACUUGAAACAGCAGACAACCCGGAAGUGGUUGAUGUGAAAGAUGCCAAGGGACAAACCCCACUGAUGCUUGCAGUAGCAUAUGGACACAUUGAUGCUGUUUCAUUGUUACUUGAAAAGGAAGCUAACGUAGAUGCGGUCGACAUAGUGGGGUGCACGGCUUUACAUAGAGGGAUUAUGACAGGACAUGAGGAAUGUGUGCAAAUGCUGCUGGAACAAGAAGCAUCAAUCCUCUGUAAAGAUUCCAGAGGGAGGACACCCUUGCACUAUGCGGCUGCUCGGGGCCACGCCACAUGGCUGAAUGAAUUGCUCCAGAUUGCCCUUUCUGAAGAAGACUGCUGUCUCAAAGACAACCAGGGAUACACGCCACUGCACUGGGCGUGUUACAAUGGUAAUGAAAACUGCAUAGAGGUACUUUUGGAGCAAAAAUGUUUUCGAAAAUUUAUUGGUAAUCCCUUCACUCCACUGCACUGUGCAAUAAUAAACGGUCACGAGAGCUGUGCAUCAUUGCUCCUGGGGGCCAUAGAUCCCAGCAUUGUCAGCUGCAGGGAUGACAAAGGCAGGACAACCCUCCACGCGGCAGCCUUUGGCGAUCACGCGGAGUGCUUGCAGCUGCUUCUGAGACAUGAUGCUCAAGUGAAUGCCGUAGAUAAUUCAGGGAAAACAGCACUGAUGAUGGCCGCUGAGAACGGGCAGGCAGGCGCUGUGGAUAUUUUGGUGAACAGUGCCCAGGCUGACCUGACUGUGAAGGAUAAGGACUUGAAUACUCCCUUACACCUGGCUAUCAGUAAAGGCCAUGAGAAAUGUGCCUUGUUAAUACUUGACAAGAUACAAGACGAGAGCCUUAUCAAUGCGAAGAACAGCGCGCUGCAGACACCCCUCCAUAUCGCUGCACGCAAUGGCUUGAAGGUGGUAGUUGAGGAGUUGCUGGCGAAAGGAGCCUGCGUACUUGCUGUAGAUGAAAAUGGUCAUACCCCGGCCCUGGCUUGUGCUCCUAACAAAGACGUGGCUGACUGCCUGGCCCUCAUUCUGGCUACCAUGAUGACUUUUUCUCCUUCCAGUACAAUGACGGCUGUCAACUUCGUUUGUUUUAGAAAAGACAAUUUGAGCAGAAUGACCCACUCCAAUCUGGGUAGUAGGGUUAGUCUUUGCAGUAACAAUGUGGGCUCUGAGGAUGGGUACAAUGAAAAUGACUCUGAUUCGGAAACAUUCUAACUUUGGACUGUAGAGGUGUUUCCCCCAAUACCUGUGCUUCAGGAAGGGAUGGGAGCUUGAAUUCCAGGUUAUAUUGUAUUCAGACAUUUGAGGCCAAACUUCCAGAAGCCAGCAGAAAAGGAGUCAGUCAACCAAAAGAGGGCAACUAGGUGGUAGGCUGAAACACACACAGAUGGCCUGGGUUUUGUUUUGCUUCGUGUUUUCUCUAGGUCUAAGGUACUUCUGUGAAAGUCUACCUCUCAUUUUAAGUAAGGACAAAAAAAUUAAGUAUUCUUCAUCUUUGGGGAUAAUGCAAACAGAGAGACAAAUAUUCAGUCUAGUGAGUUAUUUUUUUCCCACGUCCUCACCAGUGAGUUCUGUGAGGUGGAUCAAGGUAAAAUUCAUGUCCCCUGGGAGGGGCGGGAAGAGGAGAUGAGAAAUGCUUGGAUGUUCUUCUCACUCUGAUGUUUACUUCUUCACUAGAAGUCAAAGUUCAAGGUUCAUCUUUAAACAUAAUUGUCCUCUUAAGGGAGUCUACCCCACCUCCUCCAUAGGAAGUGUGUAAAUGCCUAGAAUUUCUUCCUAGGAUCUCAGUUAAAGCUGCCAGAUGAAUGUGAACAUUGUUCAUGCUCUUUCGUUAAAUACAAAUGAAAUAGCACCCGAAGAAAUGUAUGAGUCCGUUUUCAAUGGAGUAAUGGAUCCCAAAUUUAUCCAAUAACAUUUCAGGUGAAAUUAUAUUGUGCCAAAACUUGAAACAAUAUGCAAGUCAAAUAAGAAAUUACCACUCAUUUGAAUUUGCUCUAAGAUGAAAAUACUAACUUUGUAAGGGCAUCAGAAUGGCUGGUACUGUCCUUCAAUAGUAGGGUAGCAAAUUAGCUGCUCAGCCAAGGUCAUGCCACAAGUGACAGUGUGCCUGAAAAGGAGCCAAGGAAAUGACAGCAGGAAGCAGAAAUGGUUGGUGUGGAAGUGCAAGCCAAUUGCCAGUUGUUUGGUAAUGAAAUCAGCAUUGUGAAUACUGUGUCUGCUCCCUCUGCCAAAGCUUCUAGGUCGAAUGGACCCCGUUCUCCACCUGGAACGGCUGUACGAAAAGAAGAAUGAGACUUUAAGAAUUAUGCACAUACACAUGCACACAUGUGUGUAUAUUUAUGUAUGUACUUCAUCAACCAGCUCUCCAUGAGGACCAAAAUGCUUCUGCCUAAACUGGGAUAUUUUAAAUGUUUUUCUUUCUACAUGCAAGUGAGAACUGUAGUAACUUUUCUAUGGGGUUAAAAUGUAAUCUUUUUUGCAUACCAGUCUUUAUUGUAUUUUAUAUUUCUAAUGAUGCAGAUUUCUAGUUGAUGGCUUGACAAUUUGUAACUGAUGACGUGUUGACCAUAGGUUUUUGUUUUCAAACUAGAGAAUAUGUCUGUAUACUUUGAUGUAAAUGUGUUUAUAUUUAUUUGAAAUGAAAGAGAUGCCAAGAAAUACCCUCUGUUUAGGCUUGCUCUCUGUCUUCAUCUCUGUCUGUCUCUGUCUCUCUCUCCUCUCUCUCUCUGUGUCUCUCAUCUCUCAUAUCUCUCUGUCGCUGUGUCUCUAAUAUCUCUCUCUCUCUCUCUCUCUCUCUCUCUCUCUCUCUCUCUCUCUCUCUCUCUGUUAUGUACCUUAUUUAGAAUAACAAAGUACAUGGGAAAAUACCCUUGACUCUGGGCUAACCAUUAGCUCUGGGGUUAAACCCAGCAUUUCCCACUACUACCAGCUGACCCUUGGGUUUAUCCAUUGCUUGACCCCAUUCUAUAGCUAAUCAGAGCCUUUCUGUGUGAUGAAAACUGAUGUAGCAGAUCAUAUACACAAAGGUAGCCCAAAGAAAGACCCAGAAACUACAGAAACCACACCAAAAAUGACACAGUCCUGACACUUAACAGGAAAUGAUGCCAAGUAUGGGCACUAUGCCAAGAAAGGGGAUUAAAAAGCAAACAUGAGUGAGCCUGAGUGCUCUAUUCCGCUAGCUGAAGACUCAGGAGAGAAGUCUGCAGCUGCAGGGCAUGCGUUUGCGGUGUUUUACUGUAGGCUUUCUCUUCUCCUUUGAAGUUUCUAUUUUAUAGCAUUUUGAGAGUUUUAAAAAUAAUCCUAUCAUAGCUGGACCAGACCCGGGUAAUGUGUUCUAUCAUUUUCAUCAAGCUGUAAGAGGCUUUGCCCUUACUAUUUUAAUAUCCUGGAUUUAAUUAAAACUCUUGUUGGUUCUUCGCAAAUGAAAACUUGUUUGGUAGUUUUAUAAAAUUGAAACUGAUGUCGUCGAAAAAUUUUUACACCAGCAGCAUUUUGUUUUUGCACUUUGGGUAUAAUGUAUCCCUCCCUCUGGUCCUUUUGUUUAGAGCAGGUACAUUUGAAACAAGUAGACAGACCUACUAAUGAGCAGCAAUGAUCUUAUCUUUAGGGAAUCCUGAGGAUUGAGUGAGUGCUCACAUUGAAGAAGUGUGAUGUACUAUCCUGUCUUUUCCUAGAAGUGAGAAGUGGAAGUCUUGCUGGGUUGGCAUUUAAAGCAGGAAAUAAAAUGCCUGCAUUGCUAGUGAUGCAGCUCAGAGCAAGGGGGUCACUUCCACAAGGCAGUGACCUAGCAGGAGACAUUGUGUCCAUGGAGCUAUGCUGGCCUUCCCUGGCUCAUUCUGAUAGAGGAUGUAUACAAACACAAGGAAAUUAAGCUUACAAAGAGCCAUUCUUCUGAGUUGCUUUGUCUGUCUGUCUGUCUGUCUGUCUGCCUGCCUACCUGCCUGUCUCCCCAUCUCCUCUUCUCUCGCUCUGUUUCCUCCCCCUGCCCAACAAGACCAAAAUUUUUUUUAAAGAAAUAACUUUUGAAAGCUGAAAUUUCUAUGUAUCUAGUUAUCUCAUAAAUGUUUGCAGCACCGCUUUCUGAGGGGAAAUGUUUUUAUUAGUCUUAGUUGCUCAGUGCUUUUACCUAAAUGCAUCGUUUUCAGACUGUAUGUCAACCACAGCCACAAGGACCAUGUGUGAAGGUACCUCCCUAGUCACUGGUGUCUGCCUAUCUUUGGUAAAUUCAUUACUUUCUCCAAAUUGCCUAAAGUCCUAGUAAACAAUAGCUCAGGGGAUUUCUAUCCAUCACUACUAACAGGGCACCGUGGUAGGUCUUGGUACUUUGGGCAGCAAGCAGCCGCUUGACUUGUCAUUGCUUGGGGACAAGAGCACCGGGUGGAUUUGCUGCACUAGCUCCGCUUCACGCUAUUGAGCAGCUUGGGUGGUGCAUCCGUUGCACUUGUUGAUGAGCCCAUCCCUUUGUGGUCUUGUAACAUGACGUUAGAGUGCCUUUUUAUAUUUGUAUAUCCUGGAAGUGUUCUGUGAAGCAUUUUGUAUUUUUUCAUUUGAGUGUUAUUGGAGCAAUAUGAUCGUAGUGAGUUUCCCUUUCUUUGAAUGUACCAAGUGUCUCCUUUCCUAGUCCUCUCCUCCUUUGCUUUGAAAUGAAAAUGCUCACGUUUUCUAUAGAGGAAUUAUGUUUGACUUUGAAGUACUAAAAUGCUUUCUUCUUACAGAACUGUAAACCAUAGGUCAGUAUUAUAGGGGAACAGCGUUUUAAGAUAGUGACAAUCUGAGCGUGUUUGUAGAAUGUCAUUCCGUGUGUUUCCUACAUGGUGAUCUGAAGACUCAAUGCAAGUAUCCUUUGUUCAGUAGCUUUGUCUACAGACGAUGUUUCAGCAUGUGCAAUAUAUCCUUGCAAAGCACGGUGAUACACAUCUUGUGCCAGUGUUACAUUUUGUAAAACAUAUGUGUAACAGCAUAAACUAUUAUGUGAUGAUUUCAGUGGGAGUUUUGUCUGUACUUUAAGAUGUAGACAUUGGAAUUGAAUGACUUUGAUAAAUGUUCUGAGUGUAAAAAUGAGGAAAAAUGGCUUUCGGUUCAGUGAAGGACUUUGGACCGGUAUGAAUCUUCUCAAGCACAGUUUAAUACUUUCCUAACUACUGAAUGCUCUAAUAAUGCAAUGAAGUACUUACCUGUAAUAUACAGUGGACAUGCAUUCAGAUGGUUAUUUUUUACAAAUAAAAACGGUACAAAUAUUGUUG